AUGGGGAAGCAGAACAGCAAACUGCGCCCUGAGAUGCUCCAGGAUCUGCGGGAAAACACUGAAUUCUCCGACCUGGAGCUGCAGGGCUGGUACAAGGGCUUCCUAAAGGACUGUCCCUCCGGCAUCCUCAACGUGGAGGAGUUCAAGAAGAUCUACGCCAACUUCUUCCCCUAUGGCGAUGCCUCCAAGUUUGCCGAGCACGUCUUCCGCACCUUUGACACCAACGGCGACGGCACCAUCGAUUUCCGAGAGUUCAUCAUCGCCCUGAGCGUCACCUCCCGUGGGAAGCUGGAGCAGAAGCUCAUGUGGGCCUUCAGCAUGUACGACCUGGAUGGCAACGGCUACAUCAGCAAAAGUGCAGGUACCGGGCUCCCCGGCCUCGCUGAGGCUCCUAGUGCCAUCUACAAAAUGGUCUCCUCUGUGAUGAACAUGCCCGAAGACGAAUCGACUCCCGAGAAAAGAACGGAAAAAAUCUUCCGACAGAUGGAUACUAAUAACGACGGUAAAUGA